UGCGAAUAGUUCACAGUACAGGACAUGAUGGUCUCGAUUAUAGGUUUCGUUUUUACAGCGUUCCUUGUGCACCAGGGAAUCGCAAAUUAUGCAAUUGACGUUGUAUCAAUGAGAUCAACGAGAGUUUCACAUAGUCAUGUAACUUAUGGCGAUGAACAAGAUAGCAAUUGGAUAAUCACCUUCGACGAACAGACACAAAAUUCCACGUUCGAAGCAACAUUUUGGCAAGUGGGCAAAUUCCCAGGAUCAUCUCUUGAGGGAAUUGUCUGCGGAAAUGAUGGCGAUCAAGGACCUGCUGCGGAGUCCAUCUCCAAGAUACUUACCGAAAUCAUCGACUCCGAUGACUGUCCUCCCCUAGGAGCAUACACGGUCAAGCGAUCGUUUGUGAUCGAAGGGGAUGGAUUCUCCGAAUAUUUGAAACCCGGAUUCGAGACUGCUGGCAUCAGCAUCGGAAUAUUCCACCCACUUUCUGACGGAUCCAAGGCGAGAGCCUUCAGCAUAAGCCUUAAAAUCUCCGAAGGUAGUUAAAAAUCGUAAAAUUUAUCAAAUAGGAAUCGACUAUUCGAUUUCCAAUUCCUCAUUAACAGUCCUGCGUGACAAGCUGGACUAAUUUUAUUGUGAAAAUGCCUACAUAAUAAUGACAAUA